CCUGUCACUUCCUGCUGUCGGUAUUUAUUCUUUUUCACUUGCUUUUUUUUUUAAUAUUCUGGAGAUAAUUUGGCACGUCACUGCCAUAUUUGGAUGACUUCGUCUAAUGUAUCCCUCGCGGGUUGUGGAUUGUGCGGAUCACACGCUACAACCUUGGCUUCAUGUUCGCCUUAAAGGAGGAGUAACCCCAUCUGGACGCCGCUUGGAAAACAGCGUUCGGAUUUAAUGAGCCAGUGCCUCGGGGGUUGUUUUAAUGUGGGGUCAUAUUGUCGUCUUUGUUAUUACAGCAGCAGCAGCAGCAGCAGGAGGGAGGGACUGUGCCCGAUGGAAAGUUGGAGUCCAGGCUGGACCUGACAGACCUGUCUCACUUGGUCAGCUGAGAUGGGCAGAGUAGUUGGAUGCCACUGUGAUCUAAUUGGGCCAUGGAUGAGAGGUUAUGUAUGCCCCCCAGCUAAAGGCCUCAGUUGCCCUUAUCCGUGCAGUCAUCCAUUCCAUCUGUGAGCAUGUAUCGUAGGAACGGGCUCUCAGAUGGUAUCAGCAUCAAUUCAGUGACCUCAGAGGCCAGCAGCAGCUCUGAUUCUCUGGAUGGACCUUGUGUGAACUACACCAAGAGCUACGAUGCGGUCAUCUUUGAUGUACUUAAGGUGACACCCGAGGAGUUUGCUAGCCAAAUCACCCUGAUGGAUGCGCCGGUGUUUAAGGCAAUACAGCCAGAGGAGCUGGCUAGCUGUGGAUGGAGUGGGAAGGAGAAACACAGUUUGGCCCCCAAUGUGGUUGCAUUCACACGCCGGUUCAACCAGGUGAGCUUUUGGUUGGUGAGAGAAAUAUUAACUGCCCAGACGCUGAAAAUCCGAGCAGAAAUACUGAGCCAUUUUGUCAAGAUAGCAAAGAAACUGUUGGAGUUGAACAAUCUCCAUUCGCUGGUGUCAGUGGUGUCCGCUCUCCAGAGUGCUCCCAUCUUCAGACUCAGCAAAACCUGGGCGCUGAUCAGUCGGAAAGACAAGGCCACGUUUGAGAAGCUAAACUAUCUGACAUCCAAGGAAGAGAAUUACACCCGCAUGAGAGAAUAUAUUCGCUCCCUGAAGAUGGUGCCCUGUAUUCCUUACCUUGGGAUCUACCUAUUGGACAUUAUCUACAUUGACUCAGCUUAUCCUGCAUCAGACAGCAUCAUAGAGACAGAGCAGAGGACCAACCAGAUGAAUAACCUUCUGAGAGUUAUUUCCGACCUGCAGAUGUCAUGUAACUAUGAUCACUUGGUGACCCUGCCGCAUGUCCAGAAGUAUUUAUUGUCAGUUCGCUACAUUGAGGAACUCCAGAAGUUUGUAGAGGAUGAUAAUUUCAAGCUGUCUCUAAAGAUUGAACCUGGCAACAGUUCCCCUCGCAUUGCUUCUUCUAAAGAAGACCUGGCAGGUCUGUCUGAGGUAUCAGCCUCUGUGAGGUUUAACCGCCGACCUACUUGCCCUGAUGCCUCUGUGGGGGUUCAUAUCCCAACCCCCCCUCCCUCUCACCACAGGAAGAGCCACAGUCUGGGAAACAAUGUGAUGUGUCAGUAUGGCAUGUCAGAGAGCAGGAGUGCCACAUUUCCUAUAGAGAAAGCACGACACCUGCUGGAUGACAGCUUCUUAGAGUCUCAGAGUCCGGUCAGAAAUGAUCCACACAGUACGUCUGUGUCCAAUGGCCUGUCAUUAGGCAGCAGUGGAAGUUCGUUUGGGGAGGAGCUGUCACCUGCAGUGGAGAGGGGCCGUAUGUAUGCGACGCUAGGCCCCAACUGGAGGGUCCCUCUUCGCAACUCCCCCCGGAGCUGCAGCUAUGUUUACAGCUCCUCUGCUACCAAUUCCUGUUAUGGAUGCAGCGAAACUGGUAGCGUGACCAUUGAAGGACCCCUGAGAAGGAAAACAUUACUGAAGGAGGGACGAAAGCCCAAGUUGUCCUCAUGGACCAGAUUUUGGAUCAUUUUGUCUGGAUCAACACUGACAUUCUAUGGAGCGAAAGCACUGAGGGCCUCUGAGAGGAAGCAUUACAAAUCAAGCCCCUGUAAGAAAGUUUGUGUGAUUGGCUGGAUGGUGAUACUGCCAGAUGACCCAGCUCGACCCAACAUCUUCCAGCUCAAUGACCCAGACAAAGGCAAUGUUUACAAGUUCCAGACAGGAUCCAGGUUUUCAGCAAUCAUCUGGCACAAAAACCUGGAGGAGGCUUGCAGGAACAGUAGACCUCAGAUACCUGCAAAUCUUAUGUCAUUUGAAUGAGAGCAGCCCUUAUUGAGCAGGAUUAUUAUUGUGCCAAACUCUGUUGUUUGGGAAUUAUAGACUAAAUAAGGAACUUGAUGGCACUGAUGGAAGUGUGAGAAUCAAGAAGCGUAUGAGACUGUAGAAGAAGCUCUGUGACGCUGGAAGUGUGACUGUAAUGCCAAUCCACCUGCUGUCAUCUUCACCGGGACAAUCUGAUAGAAUCUCUAUAAAAAUCCAGUCAAAGGAAGACUUUCACGAGGCUGGAUUCCUUUCUCUAAGCUUCCAUGGUCUCUGUCAUUUGUUAUGCUGCUAUAAUGUGUGCAUGCACACAUUGGUUUUUUGGCCCAUGUUGGGUUUGUGAUUGGGUGAAAAGAUGUAUCAGUGUAUAAAUGUGGAUGACAGUGUUAGAUGACCGCUGGCUGAUGCUGAUCUCCAGUUCACAGACUAGUGUUGCACAGCCUUCAUACGGAACCGGGGAUUUCAACAAGGAAGGCAGCCAAAAAAAAAACUGGAUGAAUAUUUGUUUUGUUUUCAAGUAGAUUGAACGAUUUAGUUUACUCUGAAUGUUAUCAUCAUAAUGAAGUGGGAAGUGGGCAGCAUACAUCCCCACUCAUGAACUUGGAUCCAUCAGAAGAGGUCUGGUAUCAUCUCAAGGCCUCAUUAUGUCAAUCAAAGAUCAGCACUGCAGAAAAAAAGGCAGAAGCUGAGUCUUCAUCACCUCCAGCCCUGUGACAUACAGUUCAACUGAGUAUUCAGAGAAAAGCAGUAUUAACCAUAAAGGUCAUGUUUACCCACUCUACCUCAGUUGGUAGUCCUCCUGUAAAAUGUUUGCAGAUGUAUAUAACAAGGUUUACAAAUAGGAACAAUUAAUAUUUUCUACAGAACAAAUUAGAAACGGAACCAUGGAAACAAUCCUGAACAAAGUGACAAUUUCAGAAAGCAGAGGAAACCCAGUUGUUGUCUACACCGGGAUGCUGAGGAAGUGAAAUUAAAGCAAUUUACCAAGUACUAAGUUUUAUUGAAUCAAAUGUGUGUAAAUAUUGUAUUUGUAUAUAAAAGAGUUUAUUUUUUGACAACUGGCUCUCAAAGGGAUGGAUUAUCAGCUUCAGAGACACUUGAUGGGAAGCCACUGUAAAAAUUGAACCAACUCCUUUUCUCCAGCUGAAGGACGUCAGGACAAAACUCCAUUAGCACUUGUAUUAAUAAAUGAUCUGCUUGAAAAGCAACAUACUAUAUUAAUUUUAAAUGCUAACUCUGUUUUAUUGGAUGGGACUUUAUUUUCAUAAGCUUUACAAAAUAAUUGAAUA